AUUCUAAUAAUUUAUUUAUCAAUUAAUUUAAUUGAAUUUGUUUUUGUUUAUUUAAGCAUUAGAACCAGUUAAAAAUCUUCGAAUAAUUUUUCUUUCACCAAUAUUAAAAGAAAUUCAAGUUGAUUUUGAUCGACCAUAUGGAUGUUUUGAUCGAUUUAUUUUAAUUUGUGAAACAAUACCGUUAAAACAACGUCGAGUAUUUGUUAAUUCAACUGUUUGUACGGAUUUAAUACCUAAUGAAUUUUAUCGAAUAUAUGUUGAAACAAAACAAACUGAAUUGGAAACAGUUGUAUCAAAUGUUAUUGAAACUCGAUUUGAGUUAACUUCAAAUGUUAAUAAUGAAAUAACGAAAAAAGAAUCUAAUCUUCAAUCUGUUAUUAUUCCUUGUGUGAUCGCUAUUUUAUUCGAAUGGGUCUAA